UCCAAAGCUGGUGGGGAUGCUUUUUAGUGUGUGAGAGACAGAGGACACCAGAGCAAAAUGGAGAGCUGCUACAGAUGAAGACCAUCUCUGGGUCGGACUGAUAUUCAGGAUUCGGUUUAACAAAAUUGAUUUUAUUUUGGCGAUGAAGUGGCUGGAGGGACUGAUUCAUAUCAGCCCUGGUAGUUCAGAGAGGAAGGGAGCGAGUCCUGACCUCAGGUGGGGAAGUUCUGUUAUCAUUUAUUCACAAGUGUGUGACAAUGGUGUGUGAGGCGCAGUGGUGGUGAGGUGGACGGCCGUGUUGCCUGCAAGCUCUCAGGGAUUUGUUUCACAAUGUAGAAAUAAUUCAUGACCAUAAUUGAGUCCCCGCUGCCGGAAAAAAAAAAAGCUGAGCCAGAAGGCUAAUUUUAGAAUCGAGCAUCAUUCUAACUCUGACUUACUCGAACAAGUGGCUGGAGUUAAAGUGGGGUGGCUGCGUUUCUCUGUCGGAGUUGACUUACUCAGGGUUUUGAAACGGCAGGACAAUGUUGUUUCCCAGGAUGGAAAUCGCAAAACAUGAAUGUUCACAAUCAAAAUGUUGUUUUUUUUAAAACCAAACCUUCUGUUUAUGUUAUGGACCAAAGUGCAGUACUUUCUCAUGACAGUAGGUAUUUUUUGGGGCAAAGAAAGGCAAGCUCACCAGCGACAAAAGCUAAUGCUGUCGCCCGAUACCUGUUUAUAUCGCGCCUUGAAUUUGAUAUAAUAAGAUCUUUUUUUUUUAUUAAAAACAAAUAAAUCAUUUCCAGUUGAAUCCAGCAAUUGGAUACAAAUAUGGAGAGGAAGUGAAGGCAGUGGCGGGACAUGACUGGCUCAUACUUUACAGCAACACUUGUGAAUAUUCAUUCAGAGCACAGACUUGCUGUGCAGAAACAAUGUGUGAGUCAUGCUUCAACUAUCAGCCGCUCUGCCCAGUUCUUUCCCCGCAGCGGCACUUUUUCAUCAAUGAGCUGUAAAAUACCACUGUUUGUCAUAGUUAGAGUGAAGAAAGACAACUGCAAAAAUUCUCCAGAUAUAUUUGUAGUUUGCCGUGAUUGAGACAGGCGCUAGCUACUGUAGUACAAAGGGAACAGAAUUCAGUAGAAUAGCAAAGCGUAUGUUGGUAUUAUAAUAGCGUGAACUGCCGCUGUAAUGUUGCGUUCUGAAUGCAGUUUUGUGUUCAGACUUGACUUGAAGUGAUCCUUGGUGAAAAAUGGUUGCAACAUGCGGUAAUUUCUGAUGCAAAAUUUGCAUUUGCUGCCGUGGCCAGAUGGGGAGGGUAGAGUUGCCAAGUCAGCCUCUCCAACACAAAACCCGGUGACUUUCUAAGUCCUCUGGUUGACUUCAAAGCGAUGACAAAUCUAGCGACUCUUUCCGGUCCAGGUCUCAGCGACAAGCGCGUGUUGGUUGCCAAGUCAGAUCCCGGCACACGCGGAGCCAAUUAUGCAAGGUCACAUGACUCUUCGACAGCCAAAAGCAACAUUCCUUCCUGAGGCAUUGGCGACACUAGGAGGGAAGGAGUAAAUUGAAUUCAGUUCACAGUUUAAUACUUGAAUCUCAUUUGGAGAAUCUGACAGCACUGGUCUGGGCAAUUUAGCAGUUACCUGGAUAUAACCACAGCUCUAUGUACUUGUACUUGUAACUUAAACACUGCAGAUUACAGUGACAUUGCUAACAAGGGCUAACAAGCACCUUUGCAAGAAGCAAAGCAUUGAUUCACUCUUAACCUUUUUCCAGAAUGAGCACUUUUGCAACAAAAACAAUAGCUACCCUUGCGUCGAAUUUCACUGAAACUUGUGCAGUCCAGUUUGAAAGGCUAUAUCUCUUUAAUGAAGAGAAACCUCUCCUGCCCACGUUAGCACACAAUUCUCAGCUAACAACUGCCUCAGAGUGACGCUUCAGUCUUUAACACCAAACUGUCAAAAGUAUGCCAGUGCAUAACGUGGAUGUGUCAAGCUAAAGGAUUACCUGUAUGUUGCGCCGCAGCAGCCUCAUCUAUCAUCGGAGUUGGACUGCACUUUCACCAUUGUUAGCCACCCGCCAAACUAGCUGAGGGUGGAUUAAACGGUGGCUAUAGCAAGCAAGCGAGGAGCAAUUUCCGUUUAGCCAGUUUGGGAUGAAAAAGGCGGCGCAGUGUUUGGGACUUCUGAGUAGCUAGAGACAACUAGAACUUCAAGUGUGUCUGGAAGAAUGAAGCCCUUGCACCGGCCGAAGAGGUUAUGGAUCAGGAGGUGAAAGAUGUGACCGUGCUGUUUUGUUUUUCUCCUCUAGUUCUCAGCCUCUUGUUCCUUCCCUCUACAAUGAUCCCAGUCUCUUUAUUUUUGAUCUCUUUUAUUUCUUUUUCUCAUCAUCACAUCCUUUCACCUCCUCUAUACCUCUUCAUUCGGCCCCGCAGUACGGGGUCCCAGUCCACAUGAGCGUCUCCAAACCACCCCCGCCUCCAUCCACCUCCCACCUGGCUAUCCCUCCUUCCUCUUCCCCCACCCCUUCUUCAUCUGCCACCUCCCCUUCGGCAAUGCCCCACUCCACCGCCCCGCCCCCUCCCUCACCUGUCAAGAUCUCUAUGCAGGAGCACUUUGCCAUUAAUGUGUGCCCGGGUCCCAUCCUUCCUAUCCCGCAAAUAUCGGACUUCUUCCCACGGUUCCAUGACUAUCCCUGCACGCCGCCGCCUCCACGCGAGAAGAAGAUUCUCAAAGAGGAGACGUUCAACGGCGAGACGGGCAUAGGCUACAAAGAUGGAGAAAGGAGAGGGGACAACGACGGAGACAGGGAAGACGUGGCCGACUCAGAUGAUGACGACACUUACCUGGGAACUCUGGAGUUCAACCUCCUCUUUGAUCAGGAGAACAAUUGUCUUCACUGUACUAUUCACAAGGCGAAGGGACUCAAAGCCAUGGACUCCAACGGGCUGGCGGAUCCGUACGUCAAGCUUCAUCUUCUCCCCGGGGCGAGCAAGGCAAACAAGCUGCGCACCAAAACCCUGAAAAACACUUUGAAUCCGGUGUGGAACGAAACCCUGGUGUACCACGGCAUCACAGCUGCUGACAUGACCACCAAAACGUUAAGGCUGUGCGUGUGUGACAUGGACAGACUCGGGCGUAAUGAAUUCAUCGGUGAAGUGAGGGUUGCCCUGAAGAAAUUGAAAGAGGGCGAGAACAAGCGCUACAACAUGGGUCUGGAGAGGAUUGCUCAGAACAAAGAAGGCAACAGCCAAGCAGUGGAGCCUGGCGCGGUGGUGGCAGAGGAGGAGCGCGGUCGCAUCCUGGUGUCUCUGUGCUACAACACUGAGAAGGGCUGCCUGCUGGUCGGCAUCAUACGCUGCGCCCAUCUGGCCGCCAUGGACUCCAACGGCUACUCUGACCCUUUCGUCAAAAUCAUCUUGCAACCAGACAUGGGGAAAAAGUCAAAAUACAAGACGUCGGUGAAGAAGAAGACUCUCAACCCUGAAUUCAAUGAGGAGUUCUCCUACGAGGUGACCCUGGACCAGCUCGCCAAGAAAACCCUGGAGAUCUCGGUGUGGGACUACGACUUGGGAAUGAGCAACGACUUCAUAGGUGGAGUCGAACUGGGCAUCAAUGCCAGCGGACAGAGACUGAAACACUGGUUCGAAUGUCUCAAAAACAAAGGGAAGAAAGUGGAAUACUGGCAUACGCUCACACAACAAGGAGCUCCGAGCAGCGACAAACCCGACUAGCCUCAUCUGUCGCACACACAGCCUGACAACAGCGGUUAAAAAAAGGGAUAAAAACAUGCAAUAACAGAGAAAACAAAACCCAUCAUGCAACAUCAAGUACAUUCGCCAUAGUAUCCCAUGUUCAUGCCAACAGUGACGGUGUUAUUAGGGUGUAAUGUGACUCAAACCAAAUUGUAUGAAGCCCUACAUAGCAAUGCCAUUAAGUACAAGUACGACAAGUUUACCAGAGUUGUUUGAGCCUCUUGAAAAAUGUUUUGCCUUUGGACGUUUUAAUGUCUCUUCACACUUUUCCGAGUCCGAGAGCCUCCCUGCCAACAUGGCUGUCACUAGUACUUGGCCAGUGAAGGAAGCAGCGUCGCAUCCACUGAGAUGGGUGGGUCCAGUAUUGCCAAAUAUAAAGGGAGGUCAUUUAGAGGUCAUUUAUAUCUAUAUAUAUAUGCCUUUUAGAAUGCCUUUUAAAAACAAGUUAUUAUCACUUAUAUUGACAAUCGAUAAAACAACAUAUUUUAAGCGUAUAACAUCAUGGUGUAAUUAUGCUUUUCCCUAUUUUCACCUUGUUUUAUAAUGCCAUCGUCACCAAAUGUUUGUUUUUCUUGUCAAUGUGGCCCCUCCACUUGCCCAGGCCUGCUUCACUGGUUGCACACCUGUUGUUUGGAGGAGGUUCUAGCUUCAUAAAUUUGGAGUCAUGAAUAUUAAAACGAAGAGUUCAGAUUAAGGCAAAACAUGAUCAAGAGCUCAAAAAACACACGCCUUUUUUUAAAGGUUCAGUUCCGUACUUUGAUCCUGAAGUAGUGCAGAGGUUGUCAUUCAUGCAUCCACUUCAAAGACAUGGGAAAGGGGCCAACAUACGUGCUCUUUUGUCAGCAUACUGUAACACGUAGUUACAUGAAGGACUAUAAAAAAAAAAAACUCCAUCUUUGUGGAUCUGAUGCAAAGUAAUAUGGUAUUAUAAAGCACAAACUGAUUUCUUUGGUGGAUUUGUACUGUCAGUGUUUCAAUGUUCUCGUCCUUUCAGUGUCUCAGUGACGGUGGCUUUCAAUACGGCUUCAUAGCAGACAGUCAUGUGUCUGUGUACGUGAGUGAAUGCUGGGGAUACGAGUGCCUACAUUGACUGUGUGUGCUGUGGACGUCCAUCUCUGUCGACACCCAUUCAAAACCCUCUCACUUUGGUUUCGGUGAGUGGCUGUCUUCUGUGACAAACCAGACCUUUACUUCGUCCUGCAAAGAGCGGCUACAAAAGGACCGUGACUUUAACGUAGGAACCCAGUCCUGUUUGACCUUUGUGUGAUGACUGGUGCCGGCGAUGGAGCAGAUCCUGCUUCAGGAACAGUUCACAGUACCUCAGUGGAUUCUGAUAUCAUUGCUGUGGCUUUGGAAACGCGGCACGUGAUGCAACUUUUUCUUUCCGCGGGGCAAUAUCACUCAACCUAAAUUGCUUAUCUGUUUCAACAUCCACUCCCCUCCGAGGGGUGGGGGGUCUCCGACACACCCAGUCCGGUUCGGAGAGUGUCCUCUCCCCCGCUCCCUCGCCUCAUCUUCAAAGGAAUAACAUCAUAAAGUGGCCGCACCACUUCAUAUUUGCACCGCUUACAAUCAUCUUUUCAUCUUGGAUUAAAAAGGGAAGCCCUCCUGCCCACUUCGAAUCAGGCUGUCUGUGUCUGAGGUGUUGACACUUCAGGGAUCCAUUUCGGGUGAUCCUUCAUGCCUUCUUCUUCACGUCAUCUUGAACCGCUAAAACGUGUGGGCCACUCACCUCCGUACAAACAAAUUGGGAUGGUGCCUGCAUGAUAGCAACAGAAGGAUGAAGAGAAAGUUAAAAAAGAAAGGGAAACUGAUGGCGUGUGUCUGCACAUCUGCUGCAUGCUGAUGGGCUACACCAGCUCAACUGACUCAUUCCUGAGGGGAUAUCAAAUGAACUCCCUGGUUCAUCCAUCACAACUGCUCUGUGUCUACACUGGUCGGCUCAAACGCUCACACACAGCAUGCUCACACUCGCCAUCCUUUUUUUUUUUCAUUGACGGUUGAAUAUAUUUCUAUUUCCACCAGAGUAAACAAUAAAUCAUUUAUGUCUGAAGAAGAAGAAUUUGUUGUUUUCUCACAUAUUUUAUUUUUUUCCACCUAACAAACAGUGAUUUUCUCCAUCUAAUCUCCUGUGACAAAACCACGAAAUUUGUUGUCAGUCUUUACAUGACUAUGUCUUCACUAGUUUUAAUAAUUUUUUUGGGACACAGUGAUGCAGAAUGACGCUUGAAAGAAAAGCUGCUGCUUAAUAUAGUUUGACUAAACACCCCGUGAUUGUAUGAAAUAUGCAGACAAAUGUCAGAUUUAUGUGGUAGAAUUUGACAAUUUUGAAUGAUAUUAUAAAAAAUAUGAAUCCCCUUUUUAAACAAUCUAUAAAGUUUUACUUAAAAAAAAAUAAUCUUUUUAAUCACAUAUGAAUGUAUUUGUAAUUGUUCAGAAAUGGUAAGGAUUCGAGCUUUCAUUUGAGAUUAAGGUAGAAAUACACCACGAGGACGGAGGUGGUGUUUUGGUCUGGUUAUAAAAUUCUCAUCAUCACAGUCGUAGGUGCAAAACCAGCAGCAGAGCAUUGAAUGUUUAAUAAACAACAAUCUUUAGUUGAAAAUCGGAGCCACACGUCAUAAAAUACAAAACUUCUGCCGCUUUUUCUCUCCCUUUUUUUUCUAUUUUUUUUUUUAAACCCAAUAUUUUUGCCCUUCACAUAAUGUCAAUGACUGCAGUGAGCUCAACUGUUGAUGGAGUAUAAACAGCAGCUGCCACUGGAUUUGAAACAGAUCCAAGAUGGUUCAGCAGAGCAUCAUCACAACGCUUCAUUAAGUUUCAGCCAAGCUGGCUAUGGCAUUCCCUCUAAUGAUAGUCGGAGCGUCACAACAUACUUUACUUCCUGUCAAAGGGUCAUAUUUUAUCAACCAUUUCCCAAGAUGAGUAGAACUUUAAGAAGAUAAACAUUGUAUUUCGGGGCUUCUGUUUGACCUUUAGAGAGUUUAAGGUCAUGAUUCUUUCGUACUCUCUCUAUGCACAAACACAGCAUUGUUUGGUUUCGCAAACAUCAAGCAAUGAAGUCAUUUAAUUCUGAGUGAAACUACACCAAAAAGUCUUGUUGAACUAGGGGUCAAAUGGUAGUGCAGCUUGACGGAUACAUGUUUAGUAUGCCUUUGUUUUCAAGUCAAAUUUGUCUGUUUUCCGUUUGUGUAUCAUGAGUGACUUGUUUUUUCAUGAUUUUAUUUAUUUUUUGCUGUAUUACCGCCCUGUCGCUUUCCUUCACCCGGCUUCACAGACGCCCUGUUGCUGAGUACCGGCUGGCAAAAGAGAUCGACUUGUUUUCACUCUCCCUCAGUAUGUGGCUGCCAUCCUGUGGUGGGUUUGUGUGGCUACUCUCAAAAUAUACCAAGGCCGUUUCAGUCUCUGUUGUCUUUCCAAUAAAACAUGAAACCUUCAUUUCUGAAUACCUCA